UUCCAAAACGUUGUCGUUCUAUAGCCUUCAAAGAGGCUCAGAAAUUAUACGCACGCGUACAAAAAUGAGAGGGUAGCACGUGCUCGAGCAAUAGACAUAAAGCAUCCAUAGUCACCAUUAGUCAGAGCAAGCCGGCUAAAAGUGAAGAACCGCGUGUCACUCGGGGGUGUAUCAAAGUGUUCACUGUUCAGUGUGAUGGAACUUCAAAAGGUCUUCCAUUUUUAGACCUAGGAAGAGGAUCCGGACAAAAGUGUGAAAUAAUUGAUGCUGAAGGGAUCUUUCAAAAGAGAGUUCUUUAAAGGGGAGCAUAGUACAAAGAAAAAAAGUACGAAUUUGGAACCAACUUCUAUCAGGGCAAUAGAAGCUGCUGCUGAUUGAUUCAGCAAUUGUUUUAAAAUGCACUGGACACUAUGCCGAAAAACUUGAGAGGAUUUGCAAAAAAGGAUUUUUGCGAAGUCUAGGAAAGAGAUUACGGAAAAGAAAUAUUCAAAAUCUAUAAAAAUGGCGUUUGAAAAUGGAAAAACGAGGGAAAUGGACCCGGAGGAUGUGGAAUUAAAUCCGUUAAGGAGGACCAGAUUUCACGUAAAUAGGGUCGACAGUAUGGAAGGAAGAGCUAGUCUUUUGGGCGAACAGGAUUCAAGAAAAUCCUUGAAAUACAUGACGAGAGAAGCUUUACCAAGACUCGAUAAUUACAGGAAUAUUUUGAGUAUUCAGGUCACCCAUAGGCCCUCUUUAGAUGAACUUCACAACCCUACCCUUCUGCACAAGAGUUCAGGAACUCACACGUUGCCUAUAGUUGAUGAAAAAGUUCCUACGACUGGUAUAAAAUUCGGAUGGAUUCAAGGAGUACUUUUAAGAUGUUUGCUCAACAUUUGGGGUGUAAUGCUUUUUCUGCGAUUAUCCUGGGUGGUAGCAGAAGCAGGCGUAGGAGAAUCAAUAGUUCUGAUUCUUACAACAACAAUGGUAACAACUAUAACUUCGCUGUCAAUGGCAGCGAUUAGUACAAAUGGUCUCAUCAAAGGAGGUGGAACCUACUACAUGAUUUCCAGAUCACUGGGUCCUGAAUUCGGUGGAUCUAUAGGUAUAAUUUUCUCUCUGGCAAAUGCAGUCGCGUGUGCGAUGUACGUGGUUGGAUUUUGCGAAAGUUUAGUAGAUCUUCUCCGGCGAUAUGAGUCCUGUAUUAUCGACUGCAGCAGUGCAGAUGUUAGAAUAAUAGGUGUCAUCACAGUAGCUCUUUUGCUGGCGAUUGUUAUGAUAGGCAUGGAGUGGGAAGCUAAGGCUCAAGUUGGCCUUCUAGUAAUUCUCUUGCUAGCCAUAGCCGAUUUUUUGAUUGGUACAUUCAUUGGGCCAAAAAGUGAUGCAGAGAGAGCUCAAGGAUUCAUAGGAUAUGAUGCUCGCCUCUUCGAAGAAAAUUUCUAUCCUGAUUAUAAACCAAAGGAUGGCCAGAACCACGAUUUUUUUUCAGUCCUUGCCAUUUUCUUCCCUGCUGCGACUGGAAUUCUCGCAGGUGCGAAUAUAUCCGGGGACUUAAAGGAUCCUCAAUCUGCAAUUCCUAAAGGAACGCUCUUAGCAAUUUUUUUGACAACCCUUUCCUAUCUUAUAAUGGCAGUCAUGGUUGGAGGUUCUGUAAUGCGAGAUGCUUCAGGAAAUAUUACAGAUAUAUUUUCCGUCUAUAAUACUUCAGUGCUCAGAUCGAUUGUUAGUUUAGAAAACCAAACCAUCGUAGAAAAUGAAACAUACGUAGAACCUAUUCCUGAAAAAGUCUGGAGUAUCUAUGGAACUUCCUUCAACUGCACUGCACCAAAUAAUUGUCCUUAUGGCAGUCACAAUAGCUUCCAGGUUAUAGAAUUGGUUGCCGCAUUUGGGCCUUUCAUUUAUGCCGGUUGUUUCGCAGCUACACUUUCUAGUGCUCUGGCAUCUCUGGUUUCUGCACCAAAAGUAUUUCAGGCUCUUUGUUUAGAUAAUUUGUAUCCAGGAAUUGCUUGGUUUAGUGGAAAAAAUGGAAAAGAACCGGUUCGAGGAUAUAUUCUUACAUUCGUCAUUGCUGUUGCUUUUAUUUUAAUAGGUCAGCUGGACGCUAUUGCACCACUGAUUUCAAAUUUCUUCCUGGCUGCUUACACUCUUGUCAAUUUUAGCACAUUUCAUGCCUCUCUUGCUAGACCAAUCGGUUGGCGUCCUACCUUCAGGUAUUACAAUAUGUGGCUUAGUCUCGCUGGGGCAAUACUUUGUGUAGCUGUGAUGUUCCUGAUUUCUUGGUGCACAGCUCUGAUUACAUUAUCUGCCGUCUUGGGCUUAUACCUUAUAGUCGCAUACCGAAAACCAGAUGUAAACUGGGGUUCGACUACCCAAGCACAAACGUAUAAAAGUGCCCUAACAUCAAUACAACAACUUGAUAGGGUCGAAGAGCACGUGAAAAAUUACAGACCUCAGAUUUUGCUUUUGAGUGGUUCUCCAAGUUCAAGAUCAUCCUUUGUCGAUUUUGCAUACCAUAUUACGAAAAAUAAAAGCUUGCUUAUAUGUGGUGACAUUCUUGAGAGUUCUGUAUCAUAUAAAACACGAGCAACAAUGUCAAUGAUGGCAACCUCUUGGUUCAGAGCUAAUAAAAUAAAAGCUUUUUAUUCGCUCGUCGAUGGUGCAAAUUUCCAGGAUGGUGCUACGUCUUUAAUGCAAACUGCAGGCCUUGGAAAACUUCGACCAAAUAUUCUUCUUAUGGGUUACAAGCAAGAUUGGUCUACAUGUCCGCUGGAAAAUCUGAACAUGUAUUUCAACGUGAUGCACAAAGCACUGGACAUGCACAUUGCAGUUGCUCUUCUGAGAGUCAGCGAAGGCCUAGAUUUUAGUGCUGUAAUAGAAGAUGUUGAGGAACACAGAAGAGUGAUGCUUACAAUGAUACGUGGAAAUCAAAGUUUUUCUCAACUGAGUCAAGCGAGCAGCACCUCAGACAUUUCAGUAUCGGGUAGUCCAACACCCCGGCGAUCUAACAUGAUAAAUGAAUAUCCUAAUCCCACAGCGGAAGAACAUCGAGAAAAUGGACUUAAUACAACAAUUUCGAAAGACAUUCUCGAUGCUGUAUCUAGAUUUCAGAAAAAACAAAAGAAGGGAACAAUUGAUGUUUGGUGGUUGUACGAUGAUGGCGGUUUAACACUUUUAUUACCAUAUAUCAUAAGUAUGAGGCAAAGUUGGUCAAACAGUAAACUGAGAGUAUUUGCCUUAGCAAAUAAGCACUCAGAACUUGAAUAUGAACAAAGAAGUAUGGCAAGUCUUCUUUCAAAGUUCAGGAUAGAUUACUCAGCAUUAAAAGUAAUUCCGGACAUUUCAAAACCUGCUCAACUUGGAACUAAGAACUUUUUCGAUUCGCUAAUUACAGAAUUUUGUAAUCCCGCUAAUCCAAGAUUAUCUGAAGCUGAUACCAUAAAGGAAUCUGAGUUACUUGCUAUGAAAGACAAGACAAAUAGACAUCUUCGUUUACGAGAAUUGCUUCUUGAAAAUUCUACGGAAGCUAACUUAGUCGUCAUGACUUUACCAAUGCCAAGAAAAGGAGCAGUUUCAGCACCACUUUAUAUGGCAUGGCUUGAAACUCUAACUCGAGAUAUGCCGCCUUUUCUACUAGUCCGUGGUAAUCACUCUUCCGUUUUAACAUUUUACUCCUAAAUUUACAAGGAAGAUAAAAAAAAUCUGACGAGUACAAGAACCUCAUAAAUUGUGUCCAUGAAAAUGUGACACAAAUAGAUAAAUAUAUACCUAAGAUAUACAUUUUUCAAUUGACCAAUCAGUACACAUAUUUAUAACUUUCGAAGUACUCUCUAAAUCUGAAAUAGUAUAAAACUGCUAAUUUAUAGUAGUUUUCUACUAAUUCAUAUAGUGCCGAUACGUUUACUGCUAAUUAGUAAUAAUGUAAUGAAUCAAUUCGUAAUAAUAGCCGACUAAAUUAAUCAGUAACUAUAUCUAUUAAAGGAAUUGGUAAUGCUACUAAAAAUAAAUUGGUAACUGUAUUUCUAGUAACAAUUUUAAACAGUAGUUUCAAAUUGAUUAAAAAACUACUUUUGAAGUUAAGCGAAUAUAAUCCAAAUCAAUAUCAAUAUUCUUACUUAUUCAUUUAGUAACAUAAAUCUUACCAUUUCCAGGGUGGGCGUUUUAAUCGAAGAAAAAAUUCCCGUUCAUUUUCCGGUUUUUUCCCGGUUCGCAAACAUUUUUCACGGUCAUUGAAAUUUAGAAACUCGAGCGCUAUUGUAAUCAUUUUCCCAUUUAAUGUAAUAAACAACAAACAACAAAUUAAAGAGUUGAAAGCGGAACUCUUGAAUUUUAAACUUUUCGAAUUGAAGUGUAAUACUUUUUCAAUUCA